AGAAAUGUAAGUGAGUCUGUUAUGGCAGGUCUCGGCAAAAGAUGUCAGGAAUUCUUGAAUUCAAUAACGGGCGCCAAUAUGGCAUUCCUUCGAUAAAGACGGCUGGCAACGCUGUAAUAGCCCGUCCCAUUCCCAGAGUUCUGUAGUACGGGCUAUGUGUACGUCUGUAUGUGUUGAAUCUAAGUUUACUUCGUGGCGACAUUUGCGCUCUAAUGUAGGCCCGUGGGUUUGUUGAUUCUCCUGCCUCGAGUGAUCCCAGCACCUCUGAGGACCACACGGUCGUUCCUGAGCGAUGCUGUGCUGACCGCAAAGUGUUCCCAUGAGUUGGUUUGAUACGGUGGGCAUAGCCAACCUUGCCAAGUCUGCCCUCAACUCGGCCCAGAAACGGAUCGACCGGGCACUUGACAUCCAACCCGAUGAGGCAUCUGGCUUCAGCCUUCCUAAUGACACGGAUUCCUUCUUCCUGUCAUUUGGCCUGGCCGAUGAUCUGUCGAAAUCUGAGCAGCCAACAUCCAAGCAGCCAGCGCCAUCUCAUCGUGAUCCAAGGCCUGAUAGCCGACGAGAUGUCGCUGACACAGAGUCGAAACUGGUGUCGGGCUGGGAGUCCUUCCUGGAGGCCACCUCAUCUGCGGUGGCCAAGCCAUUCACAGAGGCUUCGGCGGUCCUCUUGCAACCAACCAGAACUGUGUCAACAGGUGACAUAGCAGUACCGCCAAACAUGUCACCUGACACAGCAGCAGCUGUUGCAAGUGGAGGGAGGGAAAGCCCACUGAACAUCGACUUGCCGACAUACCCAUCCUUGGAACAGUCUGCAGAGUCUGACGGGUCGACCGAGACACUGCUGGGAUCAUCAUCACUUCCUGGAAGCUCUUCGCCGCUGAGUCAGAGCAGAGAGUCAUUUUUGGAUUGGCAAGGAUUGACCGCCAAAGAGCCAAAAGAUAGUGGUGUUAUCGUGCGUGAGCCGGAACAUGUUGCUUGCUCUGGAUACCCAGCUGUGUCGUCUGCUGCCGGGACUAGCAUUCCAUCUGCAGAGGGCAGCUUGACAUCCAAUCAGGUAUUGUGUACAUCAACAGCUGCCAGCCAGUUGUCAUCAAAGGACGAGUUGUCAAUAGAUCCAAAGGAUUCCGGCAUAUUAGGUUCACCAAAGGCCGAGUUGUCGGGCAGCUUCGUUGGGCAACAGUGCGACUCUCCUCAACAUUCAAGCCAAAUCAUGCAGCCGCACGAAUCCGAGACGGGGCCAGAUGGCUUUCUGCCCCAGGACUUGUGGGUGGCUGUUGAUGUUCCACAAGGCACCACUGAUAAAAAAGCAGACCGUGCUGAAACGCAUGGUGCUUGUGGUGAUGUUGUUAUUGCAUCUGUGAUUGUUGAAGCAGCUGGUGAGAUUGCCACUCUCCCUGAAGCAAAGCAGAUGGCAGCCGAGUCCGGUGAUCAAGCAGACGGUGACGCUGGUGACACUUCAGCAGUGAAAGCGGAUGCCUCUACCACUGCCACUCUGAAGGAAGAGUGUGAAACACAGUCAGUGGCCGGGAGUGCACACUCUGCAGAGACAAGUUCAUCUGCUUCGUUUGUGAGAAUUUCAACAGAAGAGACGGAAGACUCGCGGAAGUCGAGCAGUCCAUCCGGUGAUGAAGAAGGGGAAACAGUCUCUUCAUCAGACAUUGAGAUCAUCUCAUCGGUUAACGGUGGGUCAAGUAUCGACCAGUUUAGUGCGGUUUCACCAGCAAGGCACCUGUGGACCAUACAGUCAGACAGUCAUGAUGAGAAACACUUUGAGGGAGCUGAAGCAGCUGGGAUAUCUGAGGACCCGCUAGGCCUCCCUUUAGGUGGUGCUACUACUGAAAGUUUAGAAGAUAUGUCUGAAGUAGAAGGCCUUAGAGCACGGCUGAACAAGCUACAGAGUGUCCUGGAUGCCCGAGAGCGCAAGGUCUUCCUGCUCAGCAAGGAGAUGGCUGAAAUGGCGGAUAGCAAUGCUGCGCUACAGAGUGCAUUGCAGAAAUCUGAGCAGCAGCGAGUCAAGGACAAUCAGGACACAUCGAGGCUGACACAAGAGUUCACUCACCGCCUCGCCCGCCUUGAAACGAAGCUUUUGGACACAGCUAGGGAAAGAGAUUCUCUGAAGGCCAAACUCGAGGCUGUCCAACAGGAAGCUGUGUCCAAAGUGAGCAUUUCCCAGAUGGAUGUUCUACUCAAGGAGAAGGAUGAACAGAUUGCUGAGCUCAUGUCAGAAGGAGAGAAGUUGUCUAAGCAGCAUCUGCAGCAGUCAACAAUCAUCAAGAAACUGCGGGCCAAGGAAAAGGAGAUGGAGAACCUCAUCAAGACUCACAAGGAGCGCCUGGAAGAGCAGAGCAAAGAACUUGACCGGCUUCGACGGUCGCUCAGUGCCAAAGAUGAACAGGAGAAGAAGCACAUUGACACAAUACGGCACUUGACAUCAUCAACACAAAAGCUGGAGCGAGAAGCAACAGCACUUCAGGUGAAAGACAACAGAAUUUUUUUAGCAGUACCUGAGCCAGUGAAAAAGGGCAGAAAGAAUGGAUAAUGAAAAGGAUUUUUG